CACGAACUUUAAGUUUCCCCAUUGUGUUAGGAAUGAGACUCUCUCCCUUUUCUCUCCAACGACUACACGUGCUCUGUGGUCAGACUGCGCAUGCGCAGGAAAAGAAUUAAAAAUGGCCGCCGGGAAGAAAGGAGUUGCUCUGUUGUUUCUCUUCUCUUGUCUCGCUCUUGCUGUCUCCGCUUGCAAUACUGGCGGGGAUAUAUGCUUCGACUACGUCGAAGAGACCAAUAACAAGAACCAGUCGUGUCUUUUCCUUGAUGCGGAGAUCACAAUCUUCGUGGCUUAUAAUAACUCAGAGGGAAAACUACGAAACGCUUCUUUGCCGGUCAACUGCUCUACCGUCAAUGUCAGUGACAGUGAAAGCUUUUGUAACAAGCCCUACACUAACAACAAUAAGAAUAUGAGGCUAACGCGUAUGAAAGCUUACUGGGGCACGGUAGAUGAGGAGGAGGAAUCUGCUCCAUUUGCUCUCAUAGUUGAAGCUAUUGAUCUCAAUGAACACAAACAAUGGAACAUUAGUUUGAUUGCAGUGUCGCUAAAUGUCAGCCAUGUCCCGAACUACAACGCUAGCAGUUUCACUGGCAAUGAGACUGGUAUUAUCAGUGGUUAUUACACAGGAGAUGAUAAGAAUCAUGAGCUAUUUGGCACUGUUGAUUAUAAUAAGUUCUACUAUUGCGACGGUCAACAAACUUACUCUUUAACCAUGAACAAAUCAUCUAACCUCCAUGCUUCGCAUUUCGCUCUCAGCCUCAGUAUCAAGAAGCUGAGGGUACAGGCUUACGGAAGCAGUAACAGCUUCAGCGACAAGUGUUCUCACUGCUAUCAAGAUAGCACUGGUAAGGCUUUUAUACCGAUUGUGGUCGGAUCUGUCAUUGGUGGACUGGUACUGGUGGUUCUUGUGUCUUACAUUGUGGGACGGUUUAGAAACCAUUAUAAGAAGUCGUCAAGCACUGGGUACGAGAAACUCCAGUAACAAUAAUAUGAUAUUAUAUGCCAAAUUUAUCAUGAUUACUAUUAUUACUAUUAUGAGUCUUGCUAUACCGUAAUGUUAUUAUUAUUAUCAUUAUUGCUGUUGUUCUUUUGCUCAAGCUUUUUGAAAGAUAAUUUUAUCAAAAUUA